GUCUCCUUUACGGGAUCGCACGCGUCGCAAAGGGAGUCACCAUUCUCGCGAACACAUUGUUUUGACUGACUUGGACUGCUGACAUGAAUACGACAUUCUUCUGAUACUGUCCUUUCCACGUUGGGCUUCCUUUGACCGAAGCUACGUCACUGCAAAUUCCGGACGUUCUUCCUACACCUUCGUCAUCCCAAUGUUCGGGUGCGGCACACGGGACUUCGAGAACGAGAUCGAGGGCACAACGGGCUACGAGAACAUGAUCAUGAUCCAGAAUGAAGAGUUCGUGCAGGAGGUUUGGGACACGGCAAGGAAGAUCACGUGCGACUGGACGAACCGCAUGGAAAAACUCAUCACCUUCCAGCCUUUCGCGGUGGACAUGCUGCAAGCGAAGGAAGUGCGGUACUCCGGGGACGACUUAAUGUGCUGGAUGGAUAUCAAGGUCGGUAAAGGUCCAUUCGGCAACCCCUUGGACGGCAUAGUCAAGAUCGGCGAGGAGCUGUCCGUUGUGGUGUACUCCAAAGAUGGUGGGAUGGAUUUCGAUAUGCUGGUGAAGAAUUGCUUUGCCUACGACUCCCAGGAUAUUGAAAAUGAGAAGACGACCCGCAUCCAGCUGAGUGACGACCUGGGAUGUCUCCUGAAGCCCAAACUGAUGAGUUACUUCUACCGGACGCGGGAUACCAGGAAGACCGGGGCGGACCUGAUUUCCUUCGCCUCUUUAUACGCCUUCAAGUUCCCAGACAAGAUGGAGAUUUACUUGACAUGCGAAGUGGAGCUAUGCAAGGGAGGUUGUACCGAUGUGUGUCGAAACCCGGCGUACCCGACCCGCCUGGUCAACACCACCACUACCUCCACGACAACCUCGCGCCCUCCACCUGUCAACCCCUGCAUCUCAGCCCCUGGUUCCUUCCGGUGUUGCAGUGGAAACCCUUCACAUUCAAGUUGCCCAACCACCACCACCACCACCACUACCACCACAAGAAAGCCAGAUCCUUGCACCACAAAUCCAGGAUCCUCCCAGUGCUGUGCCAGGAAUCCUUCACAUCCUCGGUGCACCACCACCACCACCACUACCACUAGGAGGCCGGAUCCUUGCGUCACAAAUCCAGGAUCCUUCCAGUGUUGUGCCAGGAAUCCUUCACAUCCUAGAUGUACAACCACCACCACCACCACCACAAGGAGGCCGGAUCCUUGUGUUACUAGCCCGGGAUCCUUCCAGUGUUGCGCAAGGAACCCUUCACAUCCUAGAUGUACAACAACAACUUCCACCACCACAAGGAGACCAGAUCCUUGUGUCACAAAUCCAGGAUCCUUCCAGUGCUGUGCCAGGAAUCCUUCACAUCCUAGAUGUACAACUACCACUUCCACAACAACAACAACACAGAGACCAGAUCCUUGUGUCACAAAUCCUGGAUCUUUCCAGUGUUGUGCCAGGAAUCCUUUACAUCCUAGAUGUACAACUACCACUUCCACAACAACACAGAGACCAGAUCCUUGUGUCACAAAUCCAGGAUCCUUCCAGUGUUGUGCCAGGAAUCCUUCGCAUCCUCGGUGCACCACCACCACCACCACGAGGAGGCCGGAUCCUUGCGUCACUAAUCCAGGAUCCGUCCAGUGUUGUGCCAGGAAUCCUUCACAUCCUCGGUGCACCACAACCACUACGAGCACAACAACAACAAGGAGACCAGAUCCUUGUGUUACCAAUCCAGGAUCCUUCCAGUGUUGUGCCAGGAAUCCUUCACAUCCUCGGUGCACCACCACCACCACAACAACAACACAGGAGACCAGAUCCUUGCGUCACUAAUCCAGGAUCCUUCCAGUGUUGUGCCAGGAAUCCUUCACAUCCUCGGUGCACCACCACCACCACAACAACAACACAGAGACCAGAUCCUUGUGUUACCAAUCCAGGAUCCUUCCAGUGUUGUGCCAGGAAUCC